GGGUGUUUCCGGACUGGGGGUUAAAUCUCCGCCCCGCUUCAUUCCUGCGUUGUUUGGGGACAGUAGGAAGAUGGCGGCGGCCCCGCUGUACUGUGUCUGCCGGCAGCCCUACGAUGUGAGCCGGUUUAUGAUCGAGUGCGACAUCUGUAAAGACUGGUUCCACGGCAGCUGUGUGCAGGUAGAAGAGCAUCAUGCUACGGAUAUCGAUGUUUACCACUGUCCCAACUGUGAUGCCGUACAUGGACCCUCCCUGAUGAAAAAGCGCAACAACUGGCACAGACAUGACUACACAGAGCCAGACGACGGAACGAAACCAGUGCAAGCUGGCACCUCAGUGUUUAUCAAGGAGCUCCAGAGCAGGACCUUUGCCAGUGGCGAAGAGAUUUUGAUGCGGAUGAAGGGUGAGCUGGUGACGCCCAGGUAUCUGGAGAGGCAUGGCUUCAACUACCCCAUAGCCAUCACUGAGAUGGAGGGCCUGGGACUCAAACUACCCGACCCUAGUUUCUACGUCAAAGAUGUGGAGCAGUAUGUGGGCGGUGAUAAAGUCAUCGACGUGAUAGAUGUGGCGCGGCAGGCGGACAGCAAGAUGAAGCUCAGCGAGUUUAUCAAGUAUUUCACCAAGCCCCAUCGACCCAAAGUCCUCAACCUCAUCAGCCUGGAGUUCUCUGAUACCAAGAUGUCUGAGUUGGUGCAGGUUCCUGACGUGGCUCAGAAGAUGUCCUGGGUAGAGAACUACUGGCCGGACGACUCCUUCUUCCCCAAACCCUUUGUCCAGAAGUACUGCCUUAUGGGGGUCAAGGACAGCUACACAGAUUUCCACAUAGACUUCGGAGGCACCUCCGUCUGGUACCAUGUUCUCUGGGGUGAGAAGAUCUUCUACUUGAUCAAGCCCACUCCCGCCAACCUUGCACUAUACGAGGCAUGGAGCUCCUCGCCCAAUCAGAGUGAAUCGUUCUUUGGGGACAAAGUGGACAAGUGUUACAAGUGUGUUGUGCCCCAAGGAACCACCCUGCUCAUCCCUACAGGCUGGAUCCAUGCUGUUCUCACCUCUCAGGAUUGCAUGGCGUUCGGAGGGAACUUCCUUCACAACCUCAAUAUUGGCAUGCAGCUCAGGUGUUAUGAAAUGGAGCGUCGUCUGAAAACCCCGGACCUCUUUAAGUUUCCGUACUUUGAGGCCAUCUGUUGGUAUGUGGCCAAGAACCUCCUGGAAACCUUAAAAGAGCUACGAGAAGACAACUGUCCUCCACCAACCUACCUAGUGGAGGGAGUGAAGGCUUUAAUCAGUGCACUGAAGACCUGGUUGAAAAGAGAGGUGACUGAGCCCACCAGUGAGGUACCAGACCAUAUCAGGCCUAACCAUCUCAUUAAAGAGCUGACCAAGGAAAUCCGCUACCUGGAGGAGGAACCAGGCAGUGGUAACAAGCCAGUGAAAUCUCAGGGAAGUGGGUGCGGAGCGGCAUCCGGAUCCAACGGGUGCCCGGCUACUCGCUCCACACUGGAGAGGCUGUGCCAGGCCCGGCGGGCGAGGAGGGCUGCCAGGCGGUUAAGGGAGCAGCAGCGGCAGGCCCCCAAGUUGCCCUCCAACCUGGACAUCUUAGAGCAGCACACCAGGGAGGUGCUGAGGAGGCUGGAGGUGGGACCGCUCGAGGAGGAUCCGGUGUUCUGUGCCAAGGUUCAUGGGAAGUUCAACAAAGUGUCAACUGCAUCGGCGGCUGCUGUUGCUGAGUCUUUAGACGACAACCACCUACGGCUCAUGCUGGUGAACGGCAGAAUCAUCAGAGAUAUGAGGCGGCCGGCCACGAGCCCGGUAAAGACGGAGGGCGAGAGGAUACCUGUCGGUCAAGGUCCACCGAGGAGUUGUGUGGACAUGAAGUCGGAGAGGACGCAGGACAGUCGAGAGCAGCACAGCACGGUGGAGAAACCCACACUCCUCAUGGGUCUUGAGAGGGUGAAGACUGAACUCAGGGAAGAAGUCUCAGGACACUCCAGUGUGUCAGGCGUGGAGUCAGACAGUGACUCUCCCGCAGAGCGUAAAGCGUCAUCGUCAUCGUCGUUGUCCUCCUCCUCCUCCUCCUCCUCCUCCUCUUCUGACGAGGAUUCGGAAAAUUCAGAAAGUUCCCAGGAGGAGGAAGAGGAGGAGGAAGAGGAGGAGAGGGGCUCAUCUCAGCAGAAAGGCUCAGGGCACACCAUAGAGCUGGACCAGUCUGGCCAGAAACUCAGGCACAAACACAAACCACUCAAACGAGAACGUCCUACCUCACCCAGCACAGAAGAGGCCAUUCAGGGGAUGCUGUCUAUGGCUGGUCUGCUGUGCUCCUCCAAGCCGGAGAAGGUAGCCUCAUCCCAGGAGCUCUGGUGGUCCAGCCCCAGCCAGUGUUCGCCGCUGGAGCAGAGGGAGCAGGUGCAGCACCAGCACCAGCGCCACCUGCAGGGAGAGAAGAGCCCGAUGGACAGCCAGGGCAACAGCAGCGAGGCCUGGGACAAUCAGGGGCUUCCCAGCCCUCUAAGCCGAAGCCACGCCACCAGUCCAGAGACAGACUACCAGUACUGUGACCCCUCAAUGUCUCCACCGCUGCACCCCUCCAAGAGACACGCCCCCAACCCUCCACCCAUCAGCAAUCAGGCUACAAAAGGCAAGCGCCCCAAAAAAGGAAUGGCCACAGCCAAGCAGAGACUGGGGAAGAUCCUGAAACUCAACAGACACAGUCGCGUCUUUGUGUAACACUCCAUAACAACGGAGGCAAAGUGAGAAGUUGGAGUGUAUUCUUGAAGAAGAAGAAGAAAAAAAAACGCGUGUAUUUGUUACCAGACACUUUUGUGCUGUAUAAAUGGAGAAAUAAAAAAAAAAAAAGAGAGAACACACUGCCUGGAGACGACCAUAAACGAAAGAACCUUGACACAUUUAAAAAAAAAACAACAAAAAAAACACGCUCACUGUGCAUGCUUAGGAGACAGGGUAUCGGAUUCGAUUUAAAAUAAAGCAAGUUCACGACUUCACUACAAGCACACUAAAGAACAAAACAGAAGGGAGCUACGGCGGGGAAGAAGCGGAGAAGAGCGAGCAUGUUGUGAAGUUUUUCUGCUGCAGGGAAAAAAAAAAAAAAAAAAAAGGUGGACUGAAGCUCCUGCGGGCAUUUGAAUGGACAAAAGGAGAAUGCUGGAGGUCUACCAAACAAAAAACAACAAAAAAACUGCUUGCUUUUCCAGAGGAGACGGCAAGAUAUCUACCGCUUCUGAUGCCAAGACAUCUGCAUCGUAUUUACGAACAUUUCCUCUCUUUGCUAGAACGCACCCCUCCCACAACCAUCCCCCCCCCUCAUGCCCCCCCCCCUUUACUUGCUUCACGGCUAUCUGCGACAAACUGAACAAGGAUCGGAGGAGGAGCGAGGUGUAUCUUGUCUGGAUCUCCUAGCAGGGUCUUCUUCUUCAAGCCCCGGGAGGAAGAGGACGAGGGAGGGGGGGGACACGAGGUGCUAAAGGAGGAGGAGGAGGAGGCGGCGGUGGCGGCGAACUGAAAAUUUCAAAAUGGUGCUUAUUGUUUGUACUUUUUCUCCACUCAUGCUUGUCCCCUUCCAGCCCCCCCACCUCCCUUCCCCGACUCUCCCUUUAUAUCUCAAUCACACCAGCAAUAAUGACUUUGAGGAGAGAGAGGAAAGAGCGAGAGAGAGGCAGCACUCUGGUGCGUUCUUCCUUUAACUUAGAAAGGUCCCAUUAGAUGCAUUACAGACUUGCACAAUUCAGUGCAAAAAAAAAUCAAAAAACACUCUCAAAUCUGCACUAUGUUGUUUGAUAAAUAGAGAGGAGUUUGUCUUUCCGAGCAUUUUUCUCCAAAGGGAAGUAAGUCAAAGUGCUGCCUCUUACUUUGAAAUAGGAAUUACGAGUCGUUCACUCAGUUUAAAAAAAAAAAAAAAGAAAAAAAAAGAAGUUGAGAAAUGACUCGCAUGAUAUCCUGCUUAAUUUAUUUCUUGUUUUAUCUGUGAUGUUGAUUUUUUUUUUAAUGUUAUUUUUAUGAAUUCUGAAUGAUGUAUUUAUUAAUUGAAAGAGAUAAUGAUUUUAUUAUAUUUUGACCCUGAAACCUUUUCAGCUAUUCUGACGGUUUUCCUUCAAAGGGUUUUUUUUUCUUCUUUUUUUUUUAAAAAUCUUUAACACAUACUUUUUUUGUAAAUGUGGAUGUUUUUAGAGUUCAUGUGAUCAUCAUCUGUUGAGUAGCAAUUUACCUACAAAAUCUUUUAUUACCUUCUAUCACAAACUUUUUUGUUUUGUUUUUGUUUUUUUUUCCUUCCCCCUCCCACCAGACCCAGUUGAGUAGAUCCCGUGUUGAUUCUCGUCUGUUCUGGUUUCCUCUUCUCUCUGUAGCUAGAGGUGUUGGGCUAUGUGCGAAUAGAGAAUAGGUUUAGGUUGUGCAUUUUGAACUGAGAAAAAAUGUCAACUUCCAUUAUCUACACCUGAGCAAUUGCAACUAGUGCCACUUAUCAUCUAGCAGCAAAAACAAAAACAAACAAAAAAAAAAACAACCGAAGUAUUCUGAGCCACUGUGGUCGAUCCAAAGUAGUCGAUGUAUUCAGAAAUGAACAUGGGAUGAGUGAGGUUUUUUUUUUUUUUUUCCUUUUUAAAAAAAAAAAAAAUACCAGUGCUGAUGUGAGAUGCGCGUUUUUUUUGCUCGGGGUGCGCAGUUCUUCACUCUCAGGGAACGAUGCCAUGGACAUAACCUUCGAUUAACCACCAGCCACGUCAUGGAUGCAGACAGUAUGUUCUCAGCUCUAUAACUCAAGACUUUUAAGAUUCACCUUUUUAUGCUUUUUGGAGUUGCUGAGGUUUUUGUUUGUUUUUCAUCGCUCAAAAAAGAAAAAAGAAAAAUCUUCAUGGUCGUGGUCUUCAAGUUGUGCUUUUACCAGUCAGUCAUUGUACCUUUUUUUUAAGGCUACUUUUUACAACUUCUGUUAACAUGAAUUUGGUAUUGUCCCCCCCCCACUGCUUCUUAACACCCCCCGAUGAGUUGACUAGACAACUAAAUGACACCCAGGCUAACUUACGCCAUGUAGCUUUAAGACCACUCUUUGAACCGUGUGGGACUUGGAAAGCUUUGCUCAGGUUGACUUGAAGUGCACAUGACCUGUGAGUGACUGUGAUCAAUUACUCAGCCCUGAUGAGGUGUUUUCACAUAAUCCUAACACAAAGAACCAAUUUUAAAAAAAAAAAAAAAAAAGUGUUUAUCACAUUGCCAGACUGAUUUCCCCUUUUCUUACACUACACUUUAACCUUUUGAUCUCUUUGCAUGUCAAGUCAUUGAAAACACACAAGCUGGCCCGCAGGCAGGGUUUGUUAUAAGCUGUUAGUUAUUCAUCCUUCAGGAUCUGUCCCCUUUUUUUGCUUUUAUAUGCAGCUCUCUUGGCAUCUGUGUUAUGUGCGUUGGUUCUUGCAAUGGUUUUUCCAGAUUUAAAUGGCUUAUGAUUUAAAAAGAUACAAACACUGGCUAACUGUGACACUGUUAAUGCGUUGCAUUUUGUUUCUGCAUUUCAAAAAUUGCGUGUAAAUAAAACUAAUGAAAUAACA